CCGCGGCGCUGCGCUCCGGGCGCCGCUCCGUCCGCCCUCGUCGGCGGCCGCGGGGCGCGGAGCCCACGCGCGACCGCGGAAAGCAGCGCAGGCGUCCCUUUGGCGACAGUCCGAGCCGCGAGUCCCUCUGCAUCCUCCGCCAGCACCCGGCUGGAGCUGCUUGAAUACUAUGGUUUUGGACCAAGAGGACGUUCGUAGUUCCUUGCAAUUCUGAGGCACAAAAGUAGGUGAGACUGCUUUUGUAUCUGCGAAGUGCUUCACUCCUGAAUGUAAUUCUAGCUGAGUGCAAUCUAGGUUAAGAGCCGGACAAGCGGGUAAUUAGAGCCCGCUUGCUGCCGGAGGACCGGCCGCCCAGCCGAAGCGCGCCCGGAGUCGGCGCCCUUUUCCCGGCCGAGCCGAGCAGCGGCUGGACACGGAGUGCCCGAGAUGAUGGUGCUGGACAAGGAGGACGGUGUGCCGAUGCUCUCCGUCCAACCUAAGGGGAAGCAGAAGGGCUGUGCAGGCUGCAACCGCAAGAUCAAGGACCGGUACCUGCUGAAGGCCCUGGACAAGUACUGGCAUGAGGACUGCCUCAAGUGUGCCUGCUGUGACUGUCGCCUGGGCGAGGUGGGCUCCACUCUCUACACCAAGGCCAACCUCAUCCUGUGCCGGCGUGACUACCUGAGGCUUUUUGGCACCACAGGAAACUGUGCUGCCUGCAGCAAGCUGAUCCCAGCUUUCGAAAUGGUGAUGCGGGCCCGGGACAACGUCUAUCACCUGGACUGCUUCGCCUGCCAGCUCUGCAAUCAGAGAUUUUGCGUGGGAGACAAAUUCUUCCUGAAGAACAACAUGAUCUUGUGCCAGAUGGACUAUGAGGAGGGGCAUCUCAAUGGCACCUUUGAAUCCCAAGUUCAGUAACGCCCAACGUCUGGCCUCCAGGUCCAUCUGUCCGUCUGCCCACCUGACCAUCUGCCUGGCAGGCCGGCCGGCCAGCCACUCUGCCUGCGCGGGCUGGCCAGCCGCUCUCCUACAAGUUAGAACUUCAUCCUCAACGUGAAGGUGGUUUUUCUCCACCACCGCCGCCCAUUUCCGUGGGACCCUCCUGGGGCCAGGCUCGGCCUGUACAGUCUGUCUUCUGUAUAUAAAUGGGAACAUUUAUUUUAUGAGAAAUGUAAUGCGAUUUUAUUACUGGCGUGGAUUAAACUUAUGAAUGUUUCCGGGGA